AUGGACAUCGACGACAAGACAGCCAUUAUUAUCCUGCGCCUGCAGGCAGAAGACCUCGAGGAGUUCUCUCGUCAUCGGGCUGCCAAUGCCAAAGGCAAAGAACGUCAUGACCACAUCGACGACUUGGGCGUCGCUCUGGAGCUUCACAAGGCCGAGAUCCAGUCCCGCAUCACCUUUCUUUCCGACCGCCAGAUGACCUUGAGCUUGGCCAGAGCUAACCGCGAGGAUGGCGGACUCAUCAGCAAUUUGACAGCUCAGGAUGUCCAAAUCGCUCGAGACUGGCGAUUGGCCUGCAAACUAGCAAACAAGAAGACGGCGCUUAUGCAAGGCCCAGGACCUGACAAAGCAGCACGCCUGAAAAAACAGCCAGAUACCGUUGAUGACGAGCUCCUCAAGAAGCUCGACGAGAUGUACGUCUCUGGACCUCAGGCCGUUUUAGACAACGACCACCAGCAGGCUGAAUUGUCUUCAUGGGCAGCCUCGCGGAAGGUCUCCACAGCCAAGCCAGAGCUACUGCCUUGCAACACCUGCCUGGACCGGUUCCCAAUCUCCGACAUUACCAGGGCACCCUGUUCCCAUCACUACUGCCGGGGCUGUCUCGUGGAACACUUCACGCGGAGCCUGAAGGAUGAGUCCCUCUUUCCUCCCCGAUGCUGUGGCCAGCCGAUUCCGCCUCAGAGCAACCGCAGGUUUCUCUCCUCGCAGCUGAUUGAAAGCUACGAAGCGAAGAAAUUGGAACAAGAGACGAUUGACGCAACGUACUGCCAUCGCCCUUCCUGUGGCGCUUUCAUCCCGCCUCGGUCCGUGUCCAGCGGUGUUGGAACAUGCGUCAAGUGCAAGACAACUACAUGUGCGUCGUGCAAGAAGGCCCCACAUGUAGGUGAGUGCCCCGAGGACCCUGCCACACAAGAGAUUCUGCGGAUGGCCAAGGAGAACGGAUGGCAGUCUUGCUACUCUUGUCACCGGCUCGUCGAACUACGCCAUGGAUGCAACCAUAUCACUUGUCGUUGCGGAGCUCAGUUCUGCUACGUCUGUGCUGCCCGCUGGAAAAAAUGCACUUGCGCACAGUGGGACGAGGACAGAUUAUUUGACAGGGCGAAUGUUGUGGCGGAUCGGGAGGUUCGGAACCGGACUUUGCCUGCGGCUGCAAGGAGUGAUAUGGUCGCUCAGGUUCGACAGCAGCUCAUCAAUGACCACGAGUGCGCGCACAACUCUUGGAGGAGGAUCGACGGGCCGCGCGAGUGCGAAGAGUGCGGUGACAAGAUGCCCAUCUGGCUGAACGUCUGCCGUCGAUGCAACAUCAUGGUCUGCAGACGGUGCAGAUUCAAUCGCGUAUAG